GUGACGAAUACGGCCGAAGUAAAUAUUUAUGAUAUGUAGAAACUUGUUUUUAUUAUUAUUUUUGUUGUCAGUAUGAUAAAUAUAAUUGAGAAUAAAGCGUGACAAAAUGUGUAGCAGUGGCAAAAACGUAAAUAAAGAACUUCUUAUAUCCGAAGUGCAAACACGGAGACCUUUGUGGCAAGAUAGUCAUCCACUCUAUAAAAACAAAAAUGCUAUUGAAAAAAUAUGGCAAGAGGUUGCUGCGGCAUGUAAUUGUAGUGUUUCCGAUGCAAAACUCAAAUGGAAGAAUUUGAAGGAUCAGUUUAGAAAGGAGGUUAAAAAAAUACCAGUUCCGAAAUCUGGAGAUCCCUCACUACCUGGGAAACCCAAAUGGCAGUAUUUUGACCAGAUGUACUUCUUAAGAGAUUUUGUCGUUCCUUUGCAGACGCAAGGAAAUUUACCAAUGGAAACUAAUUCGCAAACGCAAGGGACUUCACUGAUGGAAACGGGAGAUUCAAGUGAAUCCGAAAAUGGACAGGAGGAUGAUUAUAAUAAUAUGUCUGCUCAAAACUCACAUUCUUCAGGGCCAUCCCACAGAGCAGCAGAAAGUGGCUCAAUUUUUAGUCGACAAAAGAGAACCAAACCAGAUGUGCAGGACAAGUUUUUGGAACUGGAAAAUAGGAAAGUUUAG